ACUUAUGUUGUGGGUUGUGGAGUUUUGGUCUUUUUAUGUUAAUUAUUAAUUAAUUAAUUACUAUUCUCUGAUAAUAAUUUGAAUGGCAAAGCUAUAAUAGUAAGGUGUUAAUUACAUAUGCUAUAUUCCCAUUAAUCUCUCACUAGUAAAUAGGCUUUUAUAUAUUCCUAAUGUCUAUAGAAAUUGAAUCAGCUGACGUAAUCCGUCUCAUCCAACAAUACCUGAAGGAAUCUAAUUUAUUCAGAACACUCCAUGCUUUGCAGGAAGAAACUGGUGUAACUUUAAAUACAGUUGACAGUGUAGAUGGAUUUUGUGCAGACAUUAAUAAUGGUCAUUGGGACACUGUGCUAAAAGCUAUACAAUCAUUGAAAUUGCCUGAUAAAAAACUGAUUGAUUUAUAUGAGCAAAUUGUAUUGGAAUUGAUAGAACUGCGAGAAUUAGGUGCAGCCAGGUCUUUACUCAGACAAACUGAUCCAAUGAUAAUGUUGAAACAAAAUGAACCAGAGAGAUACAUACACUUGGAGAACCUACUAGCCAGAUCCUACUUUGACCCCAGGGAGGCUUACCCUGAUGGUAGCAGCAAGGAGAAGAGACGUGCUGCCAUAGCACAUGCCCUCUCAGGAGAAGUCUCAGUGGUGCCCUCCUCUCGUUUGCUAGCACUUCUAGGACAAGCACUCAAGUGGCAGCAGCAUCAAGGUCUAUUACCACCAGGUACAACUAUAGAUUUGUUCAGGGGCAAAGCUGCUGUAAGGGAACAAGAAGAGGAGAAUUUCCCUACUCAGAUGGCAAAACAGAUUAAAUUUGGACAAAAAUCACAUGUGGAAUGUGCUAGGUUUUCACCUGAUGGACAGUAUCUUAUUACUGGUAGUGUGGAUGGUAUCAUUGAGGUGUGGAAUUUUACCACUGGUAAAAUAAGAAAAGAUUUGAAAUAUCAGGCACAAGAAAAUUUCAUGAUGAUGGAACAUGCAGUUCUGUGUAUGGCUUUCUCAAGAGACAGUGAGAUGUUGGUGAGUGGUUCUCAAGCUGGUCGUGUCAAAGUGUGGAGAAUCAGUUCAGGACAGUGCUUGAGGAAAAUUGAAAAGGCACAUUCCAAGGGUAUCACCUGUCUGCAAUUCUCUAGGGAUAACAGCCAAGUUUUAAGUGCAUCCUUUGACCACUCCAUAAGGAUACAUGGACUGAAAUCUGGAAAAACACUGAAAGAGUUCAGAGGACAUACUUCUUUUGUGAAUGAAGUGAUUUUUACACAAGAUGGGCAUAAUAUCCUCAGUGCUUCCUCUGAUGGUACAGUCAAAGUUUGGAGUAUAAAAACCACUGAAUGUAUAAGUACAUUCAAAUCUUUAGGAUCUAGUGACAGAACUGUGAAUAAUAUCCAUAACUUUGCUAAAAAUCCAGAACAUUUUGUUGUAUGCAAUAGGACCAAUACAGUUUCAUUAGUGAAUUUACAAGGACAGAUUGUAAGAUCUUUUGCCAGCGGUAAACGUGAAGGUGGUGAUUUUGUUUGCUCGACUGUUUCUCCCAGAGGGGACUGGAUUUAUUGUGUCGGCGAGGACAUGGUCCUUUACUGCUUUUCGACGAAUUCAGGAAAACUCGAAAGGACUCUGAAUAUACAUGAAAAAGAUGUGAUCGGUAUAGCUCAUCACCCACAUCAAAAUUUGAUAUGUUCAUACAGUGAAGAUGGACUAGUACGACUUUGGAAGCCAUAAAUGAGCUAUGUUGUGAUUGGCACUUCUAAACUAAAACUAUAUUUAGUUUUCACAGCUGGCAAUGCUGAUUUUGUGUUGUGUGGAAGUGUUUUUGCGAAAGCCAAACAAAAGAAAUAAAAUACAUUUAUAC